AUGGCCUCCGAGUCUGCUUCCACGUUUCUCUGGGGCGGCCGCUUCAGCAGCGGCCUUGACGACCUGAUGAUGCAGUUCAACGAGUCCCUUUCCUUCGACAAGGUCCUUUGCCACGCUGAUAUCCAGGGCUCAAUCACCUUUGCCCGCGCUCUGCAGAGGCUCAGCAUCAUCACCGCAGACGAGCUGGACCAAAUCACCACCGGCUUGAAAAAGGUCGGCGAGGAAUGGGACAAUGGCACUCUCGUCAUCAACCCCAAGUCCGACGAGGACAUUCACACCAUCAACGAGAGGCGACUGGGCGAAAUCAUCAGCACUCAAGUCGCUGGCAAGCUGCACACUGGCCGAUCCCGAAACGAGCAGAUUGGCGUGGACAUGCGACUCUGGGCCCGCACCCAGCUCGAUGAUAUCUCCGCAUCGCUCAAGGAAGCCCUCAAGGUCUUCACGGCAAAGGCCAAGGUCUCAUUGCCGGUUCUCAUGCCCGGAUACACCCACUUGCAGCGCGCGCAGCCGGUCCGCUUCAGCCACUGGCUGCUCUCGCACGCUACCUUUAUUUUGGGCGAUCUGCAGCGUCUCGGCGGUGUCCAGGAACGGGUUGCCGUCUGCCCUCUUGGCGUGGGUGCCUUGGCCGGCAAUCCCUUUGGCAUUGAUCGCGAAUUCAUGGCCAAGGAUCUUGGCUUCCCUUCCAUCCACCCCAACAGCCUGGCUGCCGUUGCAGACCGUGACUUUGUUGUCGAUAUUUUGCAGUGGGCCAGUUUGUUGAUGGUGCACCUGAGCCGACUGAGCGAGGACCUGAUUCUCUUCUCCACGGCCGAGUUUGGCUUUGUGCAGGUUGCCGAUGCGUAUAGCACAGGUAGUUCCUUGAUGCCGCAGAAAAAGAACCCCGACAGCUUGGAACUUAUUCGCGGCAAGGCGGGCCGUGUUAUGGGACAGUCCUCUGGCUUCCUUUCCUCGCUCAAGAGUCUCCCCACCUCGUACAACAAGGACCUCCAAGAAUCCGUUGAGCCUCUCAUCGAUUGCAUCAAGACCGUCUCGGACUGCGUCAAGAUUACCGCUGGGGUUAUUGCCACUCUCGAGAUCCGACCUGAGAAGAUGAAGGCUGCUCUCACAGCCGACAUGCUGGCCACCGAUGUUGCCGACUACCUCGUCGUCAAGGGCGUUCCUUUCCGCGAGACUCACCACAUUGCUGGCUCCGUGGUUCGUAAGGCGGAAGAGCAGAACGUUUCCAUCUCUGAGCUCAGCCUCGAGCACCUCAGAGAGAUUACGCCUUUGUUUGAGGCCGAUAUCAAGGACGUGUUUGACUUUGAGAGGAGCGUCGAGAAACGCACUUCCACAGGUGGGACUAGCAAGGCUUCGGUGCUACAGCAAAUCAAGUCUAUUGAGGCUGCUGUGAGCAAAUAA